AUGGCUACCGGAUCAUCGGUACGUUCAACGUUGCAAGAGAUAAGCGCAAAACAUCUCGAGUGCAGUAUCUGCACAGACCGAUUCAAACAGCCAAAACUACUUGACUGCCAGCACACUUUCUGCGGGGAAUGUCUAGUCAAAUACCGCGAUGGCAUGUCCCCGAGAGCAACAAACAUCCCUUGCCCUGUAUGUCGUCAAGAGACAAUACUUCCAAAGUCUGGCAUACAGGGCCUCAAGUCCAACUUUCAUUUGGCCAGUCUGAUUGAGGAAUUUGAAUUACAGGAAAAGGUAUCAUGUUCAGCUGAAGCAAAGCUUCUCUGUCAGGUGUGUGACAAGGGAAAUGAUGCCAAAGAUCGCUGCAUGGAUUGUGAGAGGAAUAUUUGCAAGGAUUGCUGUAAGACACACCAGCAAUUUCCCACAUUAAAGACACACAAAAUAGCCAGUUUUGAUGACAUUCGUCAGGGGAAGGUGACGGUAACUAAACAACCGGACGAGUACACAUGCCACGAACACGAGGGCGUGAAGAAAUUCUAUUGCAAGACAUGUGAUGAGCUGAUCUGCCAAGGCUGUACUGUUGUAGAUCAUCAAACUGCCACACAUGACGUCACUGGCACUGGAACGGCUUCAAGAGAAUACAGAGAGUCUCUAAAGAAAUACUUUCCUGCUUUGGACAGAGACAUACAAGACCUUGACGCGUCCCUGCGGGAAACAACUGCAGCAAAGAAGAUGGUCAAUGUCAAGACGGCAAAGGCUCGAAAGGGGGUGCAAGACAGAACUGCUGAGGUCAUAGCGGUCAUAGCGAAGAUCAAAGCUGAAGAGAAAAAACUUCUUGAUGAGAUCACAAACCAGGCACAGGAGCAAAAUAAGCGACUGGAUGAGCACGAGAAAUCACUGAAAAACAUGCUGCUGAGAAAGAAGCAUUCUCUGAAGACAAGCCAAGAGGUGUCGAGUAAUGCAUCAGACUCGGAUUUCCUUUCCCUCUAUCCCGUAAUUAAGAACGACAUGGACAAGCUCAUAGGCCAACCGGCUCCCAAGGCUGCGGGCUUGAAGUCGCAUCCCGUGUUCGUUAAGAGUCAGAAGCUUGACAUUGAUCUGGGCAAGGUGAUGGUGGAAGACACGUGGGACAUGUGCCAAUCGUUCGGGAAACAAGGACAAGGUGAAGGGGAGUUUGAAGCAGCCAGAGGCAUUGCAGCUGCAGCUGACCCUGACGAGAUUGUGGUGGCUGACUGGAAGAACAAGCGAGUUGUCAUUUGUGACAAACAGGGAAAAACCAAGGGCUCCAUUUCCGUCAUUUCAGACGACGUAAAGGCUCUGUCGGAUGGGUGGGUGGUCUCAAGCUUGUCGGUCCUCAAGGUGUACAAAAGAGACAGGACGCUAGCCUAUGAGUUCAGAACAAUUGAUAGAGAAGCUGGUAAGACAACCGUCCACGUCGUGAGUUUAGUACUCCUGGACAAUGGUAACAUCAUAGCGGGGGAUGACUCGAGGAAGGUGUUGACUGAGCAUCAGCCGGGUAGCAAAGGCAAACUCAUACGCACCAUACCAGUGAGUCUACAACCUGACUACUUGGCUGUACUGAACAAUGGUAGGAUUGUGAUCAGUGACUGGGAACAGGGACUAGCGGGCAUAGUGGAUGUGUCUGAUGGCAAAGCUGCCGAAGUCGCCACAAUCCAACCAACCAUCGACGGUAAACCAGUGAAACGCUGCGGGGGUGUAUGCAGCAACAGCUCGGGUAUCUACCUCGCAGUGGUCAGAGGGUACGUCAACACCGGUCACAUACACCACUAUAACUGUGCAGGUCAGUUUGUCAGCUGUGUGGCCCAGGGGCUGUUCAGCCCCUGUGGAAUCACAUUCACAGCCGAUGGGCAGCAGCUGGCAGUGGCUGACUUCAAUUCAGUAAAGAUAUAUCGCAAGGUGUGA